AUGAAGUCCACGAUUGCGCUCUUGGCCGCCAUGGUCGUCGGCGGCACGGCCGUCACGCUGAAUCCCCGCGGGCCGAACGCGGCGGGCCAAAUCCGUCUGGCCUACCACGGCGACGAGGGCAUGAUGGUCAGCUGGAACACCUUUGAGCACGUCGCCGGGCCGUCGGUGCGAUGGGGCCUGUCGCGGGACAACCUCGACAACACGGCGUCGUCGGAGACGUCGGUGACAUACCCGACCUCGACCACCUACAACAACCACGUCCUCGUUGCCGGGCUGCAGCCGGACACCACCUACUACUACCUGCCCUCGCCGCUGCCGCAGGGCAACCAUGAGCCGUACAGCUUCAAGACGGCGCGGCCGGCCGGCGACGCCCAGCCGUUCUCGGUCGCCGUCGUCAUCGACCUCGGCACCAUGGGCCGCCUCGGCCUGACCGACCACGCCGGCAAGGGCGCGCGCCCGGAGAACGUGCUCAAGCCCGGUGAGAAGAACACCAUCGACUCGCUCGCGAGCACCGCCGGCGGCUGGGACUUUAUGCUGCACCCGGGCGACAUUGCCUACGCCGACUACUGGCUCAAGGAGGAGAUUGCCGGCUUCCUGCCCAACACGAGCAUCGCCGACGGGCACAUCGUGUACGAGGCCAUCCUCAACGACUUUUACGACGAGAUGGCCGUCGUGACCGAGUCCAAGCCGUACAUGGUCGGCCCGGGCAACCACGAGGCCAACUGCGACAACGGCGGCACCACGGACAAGGCGCGCAACAUUACGUAUGAUGUGAGCAUCUGCUCGCCGGGGCAGACCAACUUCACGGGCUUCAAGAACCACUUCCGCAUGCCGAGCGACGUCUCGGGCGGCACGGGCAACUUUUGGUACAGCUUCGACCACGGCAUGACGCACUUUGUGCAGCUCGACACGGAGACGGACCUGGGCCACGGGUUCGUCGGCCCGGACGAGGUGGGCGGCGACGGCGGCGAGGGCGCGACGCCCCUGCGCGUCUUUGAGCCCUUGUUCCUGCAGCACGGCGUCGACCUGUACCUGUCAGGCCACGCGCACGUGUACGAGCGGAUGGCGCCGCUGGCGGACGGCGCGGUGGACGAGAGGGAGCUGCAAGAUCCAAAGGCGCCGUGGUACAUCACCAACGGCGCGGCGGGCCACUACGACGGCCUGGACGACCUGCUGCCCAAGAGGCAGGCGUACAGCCGGUUCGCGCUGGACGUGAGCAACGCGACGUACGGCUGGAGUCGCCUGACCUUUCACAACUGCACGCACAUGACGCACGAGUUCGUGGCGAGCAACAACAACUCGGUGCUGGACACGGCGACACUGUUCAAGGACCGCAAGUGCGACCUACGCAAGGGCGGCCACGGUAAUGGCAAUGGCACGACGGGCGGGCAUCACCCCAACGGCACGGCGACGCAUACUGCGACGACCUGCACCGCGGCGACUGCAACCAGCUCGGCGACGACGUCAUUCAAGGGAGCCAGUGCUACGCACAGCGGCGUGGCGGUUUCUCCCAGUGGCGUGGCUGUUACUCCCAGUGGCGUGGUCGUUUCUCCCAGCGGCUCGGCGACGGCCUCUCCCAAGGCACCAAAUGCUACGCACAGUGGUGUUACCGUUCCCCCGAGCAGCUCCGGCGCUCGUGCCGCAGCUUCCGUCACGGUCCUUGCACUUGCUGCGCUGUUUGCCUGCUUGUAA